CAAUUGAAUUUGUUCGUUCGCGAACGACACAUUCGAUUCAAGAGAGACACUCACUAGGCGAUAGUAAUUGAGGUUAAAACGUUGCUGGAUUCUAGAAUAGGUACAAGAGACUAGGGAUACUAGCUUGAUGUACUGUUUAUCUCCUACAUUGGAGGAGAUAGACGCGAAGAAGUGAAAUUCGAACCAAAAAAUUGAGUAAAUAAAGUCUUUUGGCAUCGUAAAACACUGAAACAUAGAAAUGUCGGCACUAAGACUCGUGAUACAAUCAACUAUCUGUGGUACAAAUGUUAUAAGGUGUCACGAAAUAUUUACCGCUCGUGGAAUUAAGAGGUGGGUUGCCCCAACAUUAAAAGAACUUGAGAGACGCCGUAAGAAAUUGGGCCCACAGCCACCGCCUCUUCGUUCAUCUUUUGUAGAGUGGAAUUACAAAGCAGAAUGGUAUUCUUUUGGGAAAAGACUUCAUGAAGAAUUCAAUGAACACACUUUGCAGCGUGCCUUUACACAUCGGUCAUAUAUUGUUAAAGAAGAAGAAUCGCAGAAAGAAGCUGGUAUUGAAAACCCUGAAUUGAAUCUUGAGGAUAAUCAGAAACUUAUAGUUGAAGGAACAAAUUUUAUGAAGAAAUAUAUCAGAAACUAUGUUUCAUUAUUAUUGCCCAAAUUUCCAGAAGAAGGAAUUAGAGCGGUGUGUAAUUAUUUAUUAGAAGACAAAAUGUUGGCAUUCAUAUCUGAGAAUAUUGGAACAAAAGACUUAAUUUUAAGUUCAGAUGUCCCUCCAGAAGAAGAGACUUUGGCUUCAACUUUAAAAGCAGUUGUAGGUGCUUUGAUUGAGAGUUCUGGUGAAGAAAAGGCAGGUUUAUUUGUCCGUGAUUUUAUUGUGACUCAACUUGUUGAGAAAGACGUGAAUGAUAUAUGGCAUCCUGAGGAUCCAUUUACCACUCUUACUGACAUAAUGAGAAGAGAUGGACGAGAGAUUCCAGAGCCUCGUCUGAUUAACGAAACUGGAAGAAACACCAUCCUAUCGACUUAUGAAGUUGGUGUGUACUCUGAUAAGCAGUUUCUUGGUUCUGGAUCUGGAGAGACGAUUGAAGUAGCAAAACAACUGGCAGCACACAAUGCAUUGCGAAGAUUGUUUAAGACCACUGAAAACAUGUUACCAUUCUCCUUUAAAAUGAAUCCUUAUGGGGAACAUGUGAAGCCUAGUAUUGAACAUUGUAGUAUAUCUGAGUGGAAAUCAAAAAAUGUUAAUUGUUGAAAUAUUUAAAAUAAAUUCAUUGGUAAUUCCUUCUUGUCUCUUUACUUUUAUAAUUCUAAUGAUGCAUGAGUGGCAUUCAAAUUUUGGUAGAAAUAUAUUUUGUUAUAACAUUUAGAUCUUCGUCUCAUCUGCUUUGAGGAUAAAAUUGUGAAAAGGUUUAAGACUUCAUCAUAUCUUAUAAGCUAUUCAGUUUUGAUCCUUCCACCUCUCAAUGAAUUCUUGUCAUUUCAUUCUUGUCACACAUAUACCAGGUCUUUAGAUUAACUUACAACCCAUGUAUGGAAAAGCCACUGCUUGUUUUGGCAAUUUGGCAACAAGUGAAAAGCCUUUGGCUUUCCUUUCACUUUUAGCGACCCCCUCCCGUGGCAGUCGUGUGGCCACAGAUUUUAGGGUGGGAGAACGGGGAUAUGUUGGAAAAGAGAAAGCACUUAUUCUGUUCUUGGGCAGUCAUUCAUUCGCAUUUCGACAGUAAAUCUAUUUUAAAGUCAGGUAAUGUUUCAAGAAAAAUAUACGGAAACUCCAAUUCCCGACAAGUUAACUAUUUGUAGAUUAAUCCAGCAUUGUUAUCAUUUUAAGGAAAUAAUAUUUUCAUUUAUAUUCAUUAUUUGUUAAUGAUUAUUAAGUUUCUACUUAUUUACAUUUUCUUUAUUAAUUUUAUUAAGAUUUUCUCAUUUAUUUAUUUUCCUAGUUUCAUAAUAAUAAUUAUUAUUAUUUUAUAAAUAUUGAAGAGCUUUGCGGUGAUGUUUCAAAGAUAUCUUUAUGAUGUCUCUGUGAACUCACGGUCAUGAAAUAAUAAUUAUUGUUACGUUCUCCAUUAAUAAAGCGAUAAAUCUGUCCUGUGCAAUGUUAUAAGAUUCUGGCGAGUGAGACGCAUACCUGCCCGCCUAAGCUCUUCAAUGGGAAAAACACAGAAAUGGGAGAGUUGCUGCAGCUUAUGUCCAGAUGCACAUCUCUGGUGUCUCGAAGUGCCUGUAACAAAAAUCUUGGAAGAAGGCAAAGUCUCAUGGUUGCCAAAUUGCCCAAACAAGAGCAAGUGCUACCAGUCAUGAAUUGCGAGUUAAGCUAUAGGCCUAUAAGUUAACUUAUCUGCAUUGUUUGUGUCUAAUACUAUUGUGUCUCUUAAUUUUAAUCAAUGCAAUGUUAUAUUCAAUUAUUACAAUUCGCUGCUUGAUCUACCUGUUUCUGAUUUUGAUUAUAUCAAGAUUUUUAAAUCUAUUGAUCCAUUAUUACCUUGCAACAUCGUGCUCUUUAUUUUAAAUACCCUUUGAUUUUCAAUCAUCUGGACAACAAUGCAAAAUUACCAAGUGUGUUCUACGACAUUGAACAUUGUGACUACAAUUCUAUCAUUUAUUAUAUUAAUAGGACUGGAAUUUUACUUCGACAAACAAGUUAUUGAUUGUAAUGUAUCAUUUUUUAUGACCGCUUAUUCACUUGAAUUGAUCACUUUGUUCCAAAGAAACCAGUUUUUGUUGUGUCCCUAAAUCUUUUUAGAAGUUUAUUAAUAUGUCUACCAGGCACAUUCAGUUACUUGGUGUUCUACAUUUGGGUAAGAAGUGCUGAAGUGCUUUUCCAGAAAUUACCACCAUAUUUUCAACUAAUUUUUUUAAUCAGUACACUAAGCCCUAUUUAAAAACCAUUCCAACUACUACUGCUAACUUUCAACAUCAUUCUAUCAUCAGCAAUAUCAAAUUCACGUUAUCGUGAAUUCUAAGUCGUUUAAACUCUGGUAAGAGUACUGGACCAAAUGAGGACCUCAACAGUUUUUUGAGCAAUUGCAAAUUUGCUCUGGCACCACCACUAUGAUAUAUCUUUAACUAAUUCUUGGACCUGGUGAUUUUCCUCACAGCUUGGAAUUAUAGUAAAGUCCCUAUAUUCAAGAAAGGAGACAAAAGUGAUAUUUCAAAUUACUGUCCUA